CAUCCGCCGAAAGCUAAUUUAAUUUACCACGAUCAGUAGCUAAGAGAAAAUAAAAUGAGUCCUCAUACAAAACUAAUCUUAUUGACACUCUUCUGUACAUUCCUGCAUAUAUCACUUGGAGAAAAUAAAUGUGAGGAGUGCAUGACGGAUAAUGAGGCGUAUUGCGUGGAUAAAACAUCUUAUUACUUGUGUAUGAAUGGCAAGCCAUUGAAGUCAACAUUGACCAACUGCCCAGAAGAUCAUGUUUGUACAAAUUCCGAUAAAAUUUGUGAACCAGAAUCUGUUGCAAAUAAACCAAUUUGCGAUUCAUCCUGUAAUAAGUGCCCAACAGAUGGCAAAUACACUUGUGUAAGUAAAACACAAUUCGGCCGUUGUAUCGAUAAUGAGGUUGUCAUAGUAAGUUCCUGUGAAAGUGGUUCAAUUUGUAACAUCGACAUGUUAGUAAAAGCUGGACAAAUAUGUGCACCAACAUGUGUUGUUGACUUUUUUGGACUUUCUGCUACCUGCAGCAACGAUAAACCGAUUGCCACAACAGUUGCUCCACCUACAACAUCCAACGUAUCUAAUCUAAAACAGAAAUGUAAAGAUAACGAACAAAAUAAGAAGAUUUAUUACGUAAUCAAUGACACUGAAUGUAAAACUUAUAUCUAUUGCGAAAAAGUUGACGAUGAUGUAGAGGCACUUCUUAUGAAAUGUUCAAAUGGUUUUUACGAUGUUAAUCUUAAUAAGUGUGUCAAACAACAGCCGGAAGGAUGUGGUGCUAAUACGAGUUCACCAGGCGAGUGAACUACUAUAUAAACCUUAUAUUGUACAACAAAUGAUCCCCUUUUAAAAACGGGGAUUUAUUUCCUUUAAAUAAACUGGAUUCUAUUAAAUUGCAAUAAAA